AUGUUCAAGUCAAUAGCUGCCAUUGCAAUGGUCGGCCUUGCUUCAGUUGCCAAUGCUUAUCCAGAGGUUGAUAGAGUACAUGAACUCUUGAACUGGCCUUAACUUACCUUCGGAUUAUACUCCGGUUACCUUCCAGUCAACAACUCUUCAAAGUAACUUCAUUAUAUGGGAGUUAUGAGUCAGAGAGACCAAGCAAACGAUCCAGUAAUCAUCUGGUUCAAUGGUGGUCCAGGUUGCUCCUCUAUGCUUGGUUUCUUGCAAGAACACGGCCCUGUUGUUUUAGAUGACGGUGCUACUGAAUUCAAAUAAAACCCAUAUUCUUGGAACAGAGAGGCUAAUAUGUUCUACAUUGAGAGCCCAGCUGGUGUCGGAUAUUCAGUCUGCCCAGAUUAAAGUGAGUGCAAUUUCGAUGAUGAUAACUCAGCUGAUGAUAACCUUCAAGCAGUCCUUACUCUUCUCUAGAAAUUCCCAGAGCUUCAACACAACGAUUUAUAUCUUGCUGGUGAAUCCUACGCCGGUAUCUAUGUUCCAAAACUUGCUGAAAGAAUCGAUGCCUAUUUAACAGAUAAUGAGAACAGAACUGAUGUCUAUAAGCCAAACUUUAAAGGAUUCAUGGUAGGUAAUGGUGUAACCGACUGGAGAUACGACACUGUUCCAGCUUUCAUUGAGAUGUCAGUGUGGCACGGACUUAUCAAGAGAGAUCUUUAUGAUAGACUGAUGCAAUGCGACUUCUCCUACUUCGGAGUUAACCCAACAUUCAAUCUUUCAGCAGAAUGUAACUAAGCCUUUGAAGAUUUCAAUACCUAGACUUAAGAGUUGAAUGUUUAUGAUGUCUAUGGUCAAUGCUACAUUGGAAACUAAAGCUAAACCUUCUAACAAUAUGAAAGCUUCAGACAGACUGGCUUCCUUCAAAGCGGUCUUGAAGAGCCAUCUUACAAGAAAUACUUUACUGCUGCUGACUACACUCCAUUCUUGAACAGAAAUUUUGCUGGCAAGAAAUCUCUCAAAGAGUCACCACCAUGUGUAUUCGGAGACCCCAUAAUUGCUUAUCUUAACAAUCCAUAAGUCAAAAGUCAACUUAAUAUCUAUGAGAACUCCACUUCAUGGGACCUUUGUUCCAUGAUCAACUACAACUCUGGAUUGAACGGUUCUGUUGACAUUUACCCUAAACUAAAGGGCAAGUACAGAAUGCUUAAAUAUUCUGGAGAUACUGAUGGUGCUGUUCCAACUCUUGGAACUCUUAAGUGGAUCAAUGACUUGAACUGGAACAUUACUGAGCAAUACAGACCAUACUACGUUUAUAAGAAUGAUGGCUUCAGAGUAGUUGCUGGAUUCACAGAAUCAAGAGAGGGUAACUUCACCUUCGCUUCAAUUCACGGUACUGGCCACAUGGCUCCUCAAUGGAAGAGACAAGAGACAUACCACUUAAUCUUCAGCUUCAUAAACGGAUAAGCUCCUUGA